CUUUCAUUAGCCCAGCUUGCCAUUGACAGCCAUUGAUUGGUUUCUGUGCUAUCGCGCCCGGAACGGCAGCCUCAUGUCUUUCAUGAGCCAUGUCUUUGUCUCUGAUGUCCACCAUCACCUGGGGCCAUUGCGUCCAUGCAGGUGGCAUGCUCAUCCUGUUCUGGCUCUUCGGUUCGAUCGUCCCAUCACUACUUGCCCUGCUUGCACCCAUCCACCUCUCUGGUGAUUUUAUUGAGCGGCUAUACCAGUUCUCUCUGUUUCUGCAAGUCCAAGCGCUGACCAAUGGGUGAUUUCACAGUCCAUAAUAUGCUCAACAAGCUGUCGGGACAGCCCGAAAGCUACGAGAAAAAGUCCCACUACAAGUUCGGACGCACACUCGGCGCUGGUACGUACGGUAUCGUUCGUGAGGCCGACAGCAGCAAGGGAAAGGUCGCCAUCAAGAUCAUCCUGAAGAAGAAUGUCCGGGGCAACGAACGCAUGGUCUACGAUGAACUAGAGAUGCUUCAGGCUCUCGACCAUCCCAACAUUGUCCAUUUCGUCGAUUGGUUCGAAUCGAAGGAUAAAUUCUACAUUGUCACACAGCUGGCCACUGGUGGUGAGCUGUUCGACCGGAUCUGCGAGUACGGCAAGUUCACCGAAAAGGAUGCCUCUCAGACCAUUCGCCAGGUGCUGGGCGCCGUUCAUUACCUGCACGAACGCAAUAUCGUUCACCGAGACCUGAAACCCGAAAACCUUCUCUACCUUGGUCCCGACCCCCAUUCCCCCCUGGUCCUCGCAGAUUUCGGUAUUGCCAAGAUGCUGGAUAGCCCGAGUGAGGUCCUGACCAGCAUGGCGGGCUCCUUCGGCUACGCCGCCCCAGAGGUCAUGCUCAAGCAGGGUCACGGCAAGGCCGUCGAUAUGUGGUCCCUCGGUGUCAUCACCUAUACCCUGCUUUGCGGUUACUCCCCCUUCCGCUCCGAGAACCUGUCCGACUUGAUUGAAGAGUGCCGGAGCGGAAAGAUCAUCUUCCACGAGCGCUACUGGCGCGAUGUUUCCCAGGACGCCAAGGACUUCAUCCUCACCCUGUUGCAGCCCGAUCCUUCCAAGCGUGUCACAUCCGAUGAGGCCUUGAAGCACACCUGGUUGACCGGUGAAUCGGCCAGCGACCGCGACUUGCUGCCCGAGAUCCGUGCCUACAUUGCCCGCUCUCGUCUCCGCCGAGGCAUCGAGAUUAUUAAGCUGGCGAACCGCAUUGAGGCCCUCAAGAUGCAGGAAGACGAUGAGGACAUCCCCAGCCCGGUGGAAAUGGCAGAGAAGGCUUCUGGCACGACGCCCUUCCCUCAACUCUCGCCCAAUGGCAAAUCGGAUUCCGCGCCAGCGGAGGGCGAGGCGACCGGCACGAAGAAGCGCAGUCUGAGCAAGAUUGCCCGCGGCGCCAUCUUCCGUGAAGUUGUGCUCGCGAAGGUCCGUGAGGUGAAGGAGAACGAGGAGCGCGAGAAGGUUGAGCGCGAAGCUCGUGAGCGGACCACCCAUGCAUGAGGCCUGAUCGGAUGGCGUUGAUAGAGACUUGCUUUCUG